UUUUCUCAACAUCAGUGGCCAGAAUUACCAUUUUGCCAUCGCCUUUCCCUCAUAGCCGAAUUGUGCCGAAACCCCGCCCAGAGAGCGAACUCCGAAAAAUUUCCCGCCAAAAAACCCUAAAAUAAUCCAAAAAUUUCUCCGACCAGUCGGCAUUGACAGCCAUUAGCAAGCUUUCUGGCUUCGAAGAGAAGCCCUGUUGAUUCAACACAGACCCAGCCAUGGUCUCUGCGAAUCCGCCCAAGAACCCUAAGGCCAAGCUCCACACUGACCCGAGCAAGUCCGCCAACAAUGUGUUCCACAUCGGAGGCACGCCGGUGGAGUUCCCUUACCAGCCGUACGGGACCCAGCUCGCGUUCAUGGGACGGGUCAUCUCCACGCUCGACCGAGCUCAGAGGGACGGCCACUGCCAUGCGCUGCUCGAGUCUCCAACCGGUACGGGGAAGUCGCUGUCCCUUCUCUGCUCGACCCUCGCGUGGCAGCAGAAUUACAAGCUCAAGAGUCGGAAUGUGAACCCCUCACAGUUGAAGCCCGCUCCCGAGGCUUUCACUGAUCCGUUGAACUAUGGCGGAGGAUUUGUGCCUGAAGUUGAGCCUUCAGGGCAAGGAAAUGCUGAGUCAGUUCAACCUCCGGCAGAGAGCAACAGCAAGGCCAAGAAAAAAUUGGCACCCACAAUCUUCUAUUCAUCGAGGACGCAUUCACAGAUUUCCCAAGUCAUACGGGAAUAUAGGAAAACUGCUUAUCGGGUGCCAAUGGCUGUUCUGGCUUCUCGAAAACAUUACUGCACGAAUCCACAACUACGAGGAAGAGAGAAUCUUGAUGAAGAAUGCAAGUUGCUUUUACGGAAUAGAGAUGUGGGUUGCAGUGAGUUCAAAAAUGCAAACAAAGUUAAAGCUCAUCCAUCCCUUCAGAAAGGAGGGUGCCAUGAGGCUCAUGAUAUUGAAGAUCUUGUCAAAGUCGGUCAAGUUGUGAGAGGUUGUUCAUAUUAUGCGGCUCGAUCCAUGGCAGAUGAUGCACAGUUGGUUUUCUGCCCGUAUAGCUACGUUGUUAACCCAGUCAUUCGUGGAGCAAUGGAUGUAGAUAUUAAGGGAGCAAUUCUAAUAUUUGAUGAAGCCCACAAUAUAGAGGACAUUGCUCGUGAAGCUGGUAGCGUGGACAUUGAAGAAGAUGUUCUACAGAAAUUGCACAGUGAACUAGAGGAACUCUGCCCAAUUAAUGCCCUGAUUUACCAACCUUUAUGUGAAGUAACACAGGACCUCAUAAGUUGGAUGGAGCGCAGGAAAAGUACCCUUGAGAAGAGAGAGUUUCAGCAUUAUGUUUCUUGCUGGACAGGUGAUAAGGCCAUAAAAGAGCUACAAGAAGCUCAUAUUUCGCAGCAGUGCUUUCCCAUAUUGUUAGAGUGUGCUACCAAGGCAAUUAAAGCUGCUACAGAUCUAGAGUUGGAGACGCCUCAUCUAAGCGGCAUGUCAGUGAUUACUCUGGAAGGGCUAUUCUCUUCGCUCACUUAUUUUUUUUGCCGCAAUGGGUCUCACAUUCUUGAUUAUCAGCUUGCCUUACAACGAUAUAUUAAGAGAGAUGCCAGAACUGGUUUAGGGUACCCAAUACACUGUUUGAGCUUAUGGUGCUUGAAUCCAGCAGUUGUGUUCAAAGACAUUACAGAUCUUUCUUUGUCUGUCAUCUUGACAUCUGGGACCCUCUCGCCAAUGAAUUCUUUCUCGUCUGAGCUUGGAGUUCAGUUUGGCACUUGUCUGGAGGCUCCGCAUGUAAUCGAUGUCAAAUCACAGGUUUGGGCAGGCAUAAUCUCCACUGGACCAGGCAACUAUUCCCUGAAUUCAAGUUACAAAACUGCAGAUGGAUACGCAUUCCAGGAUGCACUAGGCAGAUCUUUAGAGGAAAUUCUGAAGAUUGUUCCAGGCGGAUCUCUUAUUUUUUUUCCAAGUUACAAAUUGAUGGAGAAAUUGUGCAAGCGAUGGCGUGAAACAGGUCAAUGGUCUCAAUUAGGUGCACUGAAAUCUCUUUUCCUUGAACCUAGGGGAGGAAAUCAGGAUGAUUUUGAACCAGUUUUGAAAGGUUAUUGUGAUGCUGUUCGCCGAGGUAGUAAACCUGUGGUCCCAAGAAAGAAAAAAUUGAAGAAACAAGACCUUAGCCAGUCCAAUAAAGUGAACUCAACUGAGGAGCUGAAGAAAGAAGGGGCUGCUUUCUUAGCAGUAUGUCGAGGAAAGGUCUCUGAAGGAAUCGAUUUUUCUGAUAAUAAUGCUCGGGCGGUUAUUGUUGUUGGCAUUCCAUUCCCAAAUGUGAAUGAUAUUCAAGUUGGAUUGAAGAAAAAGUAUAAUGACACUUACAAGUCAUCUAAAAACCUUCUAAGUGGAAGUGAAUGGUAUUGCCAGCAAGCUUUUCGUGCUCUAAAUCAGGCUGUAGGUCGCUGUAUACGACAUAUGGAUGAUUAUGGGGCCAUCAUUUUGUUGGAUGAGCGCUAUCGUGAAGAAAGAAAUAGAGCAUACAUUUCAAAGUGGAUAAGGAAUUCCAUUCAACUGUAUGACGACUUUGAUAUCUCAGUGGAGGGUUUAAAGUCAUUCUUCAGAGAUGUCAAGGAACGCGUUCAAAUCAGCAAGGCAGACCAGUCAGACUGUUGUACUGUGAAGGAAGAAACAGUUGCUUGCCCAAAAAAUAGCAGAGUUCUCCCAAGAAAGAAAAACCAAAACAUAAAUAAAUUGGUUCAUAAUUCAGAGAAAGUAGUGUCCUGCUCAGAAAAUCUACAUUUUGCCCAGCUAAAAUCUCAAAGUGGCCUUGAAGCUCAGGUAGGUCUGCAGGCAUCGGCAAUGAAGAAUAAAAGCUGCAAAGAUUACAUAGACCUGGAUAAUGACUUUGAGAAUUCUUCACGGCCCACGGCAUAUUUAUCCAGUCCGUUCCAAGAAGAAGACACAGAUAUAUGCAUAUUCAAGGAAACCCCCUUUUCAAAUAGCAGUAUAACUUCACCCAGUUCAGGAUCACUUUUCAAGGAUAACUCAGGUUCAACGAUUGUUCAUGAUUCUGAGGAGUUCCCUGAUCAGUUACUCUCUCCUCAGUCAAUGUCCCUAAAUGCUCCUGGGUUAACCCCCUCCAUGGCUCAGUGUUCAACAGUUACUACUACUCCUGAACGAGAAGCUCCUGCCAACAGCUCGAUCUUGAAACCUGAAACGGAAUUAUUCUUGAACUCAAGUGUCAAUUCUCAUACCCAGAAAAGGAGAAGGCUCAUGACUUCGGCGAUGGUUGUUGAUGAUGAAGAUGGUCACCCUAUGGUCUAUAGGGACUCAAACAGGAGAAUAGAGUUUGAUGCUGCUAAUUGCUUCUCAAAGUCAUCCGAGAAAACAGACAUUCCUCUCCAUAGAAUGGAGAGUAAUUUUGCACUCCCUGAGCCCUCUUCCGCUAUGGAUGAAAGACUUAGAAUUUCAUGCUCUCUUUGCAGAAGCUCGUUGGGCCUUCCUCAGAACAAUUUAUUAGUUACCGGUUCAUUAUCUUCUUCAUCCAAAGUUCAUUUGGCAUCCCUGUUGGAAGGGAAACCUAAACCUAGUCAAGUGAACGUAUCGACAAGCAUACCGGUUAUUGUAAGUGAGAUUUCAUCUGUGGAUCCACAGAUCUAUAGAAGUGCUCCUGCUGGGAACCCCGAGGGAGGCACUUGGUCUGAGGAAGAUGGGUGUGUAUUCAAGACCAUCUUUUGUCCGUUCUGCGUUUCUCCUGGGAAUUGCCUCGGUGUGCAGAUAAUGGCAACCGAUUCAUCUAACACCCACUUGCUGAACAAGAUCUUGUUUUAUGCCGAUCAUCUGGACAUUAAGAACAGUGCGGCAUUAGAAGACAGCUCACUGAAGGAAAAACAUUCGGUGCCAGUAAGUGAUCAAGGGACUGAUGCUCUAAAGGCUAUCGAGAGAUUUUCCUACACUGCAAAGAGAGACCAAUCUGGUGGGUGGAGGACAACAAGAUCGAAGCUGAGGCUACCAAGGGGAGCCGUGCUUUCUAGAGAGGACUGAGGGCUCCAGGCAGCAAGUCUUUUUGGUACUGGUGAACUUCACAUAUUCCGGCAUUGUUCGAUCUGUAACUUCAGAAACAAUGGUGAACAUCGGUUGCAAAGCAUCUGACUGAUGGGUUUCUAGAGAGGACUGAUGACUAUAAGCAGCAAGUCUUAUUGUACUGAUGGGCUUCACAUGUACUGGCAUUGUUCGGUGAGUAACUUCAGAAACAAUGGCGAACAUCGGUUGCAAAGCAUCUAACUGAUCUUGAUUCUUAGGAUUGUUGUACAGUUGUAUAGAGUGUAGAGGAGCACAGUUAGAAAAAGCUGUUUGCAGAAAAACGAGGUCAUCCAACAGAACAACAAAUCCUUUUUUGACUGUAGAAGUCCUGUAAUUAUGUCAGAUUCAGUGUCAUGGAAGGAAAUUUUUGCUCGAGCUAAAUUUAGUUCUUCUCUUCUUGCUGUUCAGACAGAACUGGCUCGAUAUUUGAUUGAAGGCGUCUAUUUCGUUAUUUUUGUUGGUAAUCCUGA